AUGGCGUCGUGCCUUAGUGGCCAUUUUGGGCCCAACCAAGACUACACCCCUGUGGCGGAGUUUUACGCUGAUAAGUCGGUAUUUGUGACCGGUGGUACCGGGUUUAUGGGAAAGGUGUUAGUAGAAAAGCUCUUAAGAAGCUGUCCGAAGAUCAAGAAAAUAUAUUUAUUGAUGAGGCCGAAACGCGGUCAAGAUGUUGCCUCCCGUCUCACCGAACUUACACAAUCACCACUUUUCGAAACUUUAAGGAAAGAACGGCCUCAAGAACUUAGUAAGAUUGUACCAAUAGUAGGCGAUAUUACCGAACCAGAAUUAGGCAUCAGUCCACCCGACCAAGCCAUGUUAUGUCAGAAGGUAUCAGUAGUAUUUCAUUCGGCAGCGACGGUGAAGUUCGACGAGAAGCUAAAACUGUCCGUCACAAUCAAUAUGCUGGGAACGCAACAGUUGGUGCAGCUGUGUCAUCGUAUGUUGGGUUUGGAGGCCUUAGUACACGUAUCAACGGCAUACUGCAACUGUGAAAGAGAACGAGUAGAAGAAACCGUGUAUGCUCCCCCUGCACAUCCUGCACACGUCGUCACGCUAGUCCAGACUUUACCAGAUGACCUGGUGGACAGGAUCACACCGGAUUUAGUAGGUGACAGGCCGAAUACUUACACUUUCACGAAGGCAUUAGCAGAGGACAUGCUGAUAAAAGAAUGUGGAAACCUACCCGUAGCCAUCGUCAGACCAUCCAUCGUUCUCUCCUCUGUUCGGGAGCCGGUCAAAGGAUGGGUGGACAACUGGAACGGUCCGAACGGCAUCAUAGCAGCCGUCGGUAAGGGUAUCUUCCGCACCAUGCUGGGCACCGGCACGCGGGUAGCAGAUUUGGUUCCCGUUGAUACAGUUAUCAAUCUUAUGAUUGUUUGCGCUUGGCGGACCCAUUUGAGACGGGGCGAUGGUGUCUUAGUCUAUAAUUGCUGCACCGGCCAACAGAACCCUAUUACGUGGCAGCGCUUCGUGAAAACCAGCUUCAAAUAUAUGAGAAAACAUCCCUUUAGCGAAGUCGUCUGGUACCCUGGCGGCGACAUAACUAACAAUCGCCUGAAACACAAUACCCUGUCGCUGCUGCAGCACAGAGCGCCGGCUGUGUUUAUCGACUUUGUUUCCAAGUUAUCUGGCAAUAAACCUAUGAUGAUGCGGGUUCAAAACAAACUCGAACAGGCGUCGGCCUGUCUCGAAUACUUCACAACUCGUCAAUGGUCGUUCCCAGACGAUAAUGUGCGAGAACUUUGCUCGUUUCUAUCCCCCGAAGACAGGAACACUUUCGACUUCGACGUAACGAAUAUAGAUUGGGACGCGUACAUCGAAUCGUAUGUCCUCGGGAUCAGAAGGUUUUUGUUCAAAGAAAGUCCGGAAACGUUGCCCAAGUCUAGGAAAAUACUACGGAGGUUACAUAUAGUGCACAUUCUAACUCAAGUGGUUGCUGUGUUCUUCCUUUGGAGAUUUUUAUUCAGUCGUUCCAACGCGUUACGGAAUAUAUGGUGUCGGAUUGUCGACUUCUUAACUAGGGCUGCAAGAUUGUUGGCCAUCGCC